AUGCAAGCUCAGGAUCUUGAAGAUGAAGGUCAGAAGGUCCUUGCCAUUCUCCGAGAUGUUCUUCUGGGGGAUUUAAGGUCACAGGAGCUGACAAAUGCUGCUGAGCAGGUUAACCAUUGGGCGAAAAUGAAUGGUAUGAUGCCUGAGGGACACGGAAGCAGCUACUGUCAAAACUGGUUGAGUAACUACCUUGAGGUCGUAAAAAUGUCUGUAGACAACCACUUUCCCACUCUGCCACCAAAGGGGUCCAAACAUUCUCAGCCACAGACAGUUGAAUACCUGAAUGAUGCUCUGCUUUUGGCAUACAGUGAGGUUAAUCGCUUGGAACCUGUUUUAAACAACUCAGGACUGCUGAGUUUCCUGAUUGACAGCUAUAAUCGCCGCCUCUUUGAUGUGUUGGACUUGUUUGUAGAUGGAAGUUUAUCAGUGAAAGAGGCCUUGGUCCUUCUACAGUGGGUGAAGCAGACUUACUUUAGCCACGACACCCCCCAGGACCGUGUUCUCAGAGUAUCCGACCCUCUCUUACUGAUUGAAGGGUUCGAGAAGUCAAAGCAGAAGUUUCUCACACUCAUUCAGGAGCACAUCUCAGAAACGCUGAGGAAGAUCCUGGAGUACAGUGAGGAUCCUGGUGAUUGUAGAUAUGAAGAGAACCUUGUUAAAGUUCAUGUGGAUGUUAUACAGUGUCUGAAUGCUGCUCUUCAGGAUUCAAAAAGAAUCAGUGAGACUCUGAGGUCAGUUGUUCAAAGACUUUGUUGUGCUGAACUCCACAGCUUCGUACGUGAAUAUGGAGAAAAAACAUCUGGAGGCCCAGAAGCCCAAUGA